GCUAUCAAGACGCUCGUCAAUAAAUUCCAGCGUACUGGUAGUGUUGCAGAUGAAGAUCGUCCAGGAAGGCCGGCCAUAACGCCAGACACAGUGCAAAGUGUGCAGGAUGCGGGCACACGCAUCUACCAGCAGACUUAGUAGGGAGCUUGGUAUUCCUCAAAACCACUGUAUGGAGAGUUCUUCGUUAGAAGCUGCACAAACGUUCGUACCAUAUCCAGGUCGUACAUAGGCUUGAAGCGGAGGACUACGCAGCCAGACAAGCUAUGUGUCAUGACCUGCUACAAGCUGUGGAAAAUGAUAAUUUGAUGCAAAAUGUCUUGUUCAGUGAUGAAGCUACAUUUUAUACCUGUGGACAUGUGAACAGACACAACUGCAGGAUCUGGGCAGACGAACAACUAAGUGUGUUGCAGGAGUGGCAACGGGACAAAGCCAAAGUGAAUGUGUAGUUAAGGAUAACGAGGUCAAACAGUGUACUGGCCCUCCUUCUUCGCAGAACUAACCUUGCUGGAGCCACAUAUCUAGUUGUGUUGGAAAAGUUUUUGGAGCCCCAAUUGAUGUCUGAUGGGAUUAUGGAUACUGUUGUUUUUCCGCAGGAUGGUGCACCACCCUAUUUUGCCCUCGUUGUUCGGGAAUAUCUGAAUCAAGCACUUCCCAGCAGAUGGAUUGGUCGUGCCUCUCCACGGAUGUGGGCACCCCGCUCUCCUGACUUGACACCCUCAGACUUUUUUGCAUGCGGGUUUAUCAAGUCUAAGGUAUACCAGGUGAAGAUCCGCAGCACUGAACACUUACCACAGCGGAUUCGAGUCGUAGAUGCUGAGAUUACACCAAAUAUGCUUGGGCAGGUUUUUCGGUCUACAGUGGAGCGCUGGGGAGCGUGCCUAUACAUGCAAGGUGAGGGUAGCAGAAGUGUUCCCGUGGAGGCCAAUCAGCUGCUGAUAGUGCCUGCACACGCUGUACAUGUCGGCAACGGAAUUGUAAGUUUCCGUCCAACGCUGAUGGCAGUCGCAGACGAUCUGGUGGAUCCGGUGAUGUGCGCCCACUGAGCCACGCAGCCUGUAGCAAUGUACUACGAGCAGAGGUGCCGCUGCAACACAGGACGGCCGGCGGCAGCCAAUCAGUGGACUUGCGCUCGGAGCCACGUUGCUGUGUGAUGCCAUGUAGACAACGCCUCAUCACAGCUCAAUCUUCAUUGUUUGUGCUUUAGUACAGAGGGACUUUUCCUUGUGGACAUUG